UAGCGUUUCAGCUGCACGACACUGCUCUGAUCUCGCAGUGAAGGGUUUGAGUGGAGCGGUUCGAUGGGGAAUUACAAAUCAAGACCUACACAGACAUGCACAGACGAGUGGAAGAAGAAAGUGAGCGAGUCGUACUCAGUGAUCAUUGAGCGGCUGGAGGAUGAUCUGAGGGUCAAAGAGGAGGAGCUGGCCGAGCUAAAGCAUGUGUUCAGCUCAGACGAAGCCUUCAACAAAGUGAACCUGAACUAUCGCACAGAGAACGGCCUCUCACUGCUGCACCUGUGCUGCAUAUGCGGAGGAAACAAAUCCCACAUCAGGACGCUGAUGCUGAAAGGGCUGCGUCCAUCCAGACUGACCAGGAACGGCUUCACUGCUCUGCAUCUCGCUGCCUAUAAGGACAGUGCUGAGUUGGUUACAGCACUGUUACAUGGUGGAGCUGAUAUCCAGCAGGUUGGCUAUGGGGCACUUACAGCCCUUCACAUAGCCACAAUAGCAGGUCAUCAUGAGGCUGUUGACAUUCUCCUGCAACACGGCGCCUAUGUGAACGUCCAGGACGCUGUGUUCUUCACCCCUCUCCACAUAGCAGCCUACUUCGGCCAUGAGCAGGUGUGUAAGCUGCUGCUGAAGUUUGGUGCAGACGUGAACAUGAGCGGUGAAGUUGGUGACCGGCCGCUCCACCUGGCAGCCGCUAAGGGCUUUCUGGGUAUCAUUCGGCUGCUGAUGGAAGAAGGAGGCAAAACAGAUGUAAACGCUCAAGACAAUGAGGACCACGUCCCGCUGCAUUUCUGCGCCCGCUUCGGGCACCAGGACAUUGUGCGCUUCCUGCUGCAGGGGAACUUCGAUGUCCAGCCUCAUUCGGUCAACAUCUACGGGGACACACCUCUUCACCUGGCGUGCUACAACGGCAAGUUCGAGGUGGUGAAGGAGUUGGUGCAGCUCACGGGGACAGACAGCCUGUCCAAGGAGAACAUCUUCAGUGAGACGGCGUUUCACAGGAGCGCCUGCACCUACGGCAAGGACCUGGAGAUGGUCAAGUUCCUGAUCAGCCAGAAUGCAAUGAGUAUUAAUCACCAGGGCCGAGAUGGACACACGGGUCUGCACAGUGCCUGUUUCCAUGGACACAUCCGCCUGGUUCAGUUCCUGUUGGACAGCGGGGCUGAUAUGAACCUGGUGGCGUGUGACCCCAGCCGCUCCAGCGGGGAGAAAGAUGAGCAGACCUGCCUCAUGUGGGCCUACGAGAAAGGUCACGAUGCCAUCGUCACUCUGCUGAAACACUACAAACGGCCUCAGGAAGAUUCGCCCUGCAAUGAGUACUCACAGCCAGGAGGGGAUGGUUCUUACGUUUCUGUCCCGUCUCCACUGGGAAAGAUCAAAAGCAUGACUAAAGAGAAGGCUGACAUUCUCCUCCUGAGAGCGAGCCUCCCUUCCAACUUCCACCUUCAGCUUUCUGAACUGGAGUUUAAUGAGAUCAUUGGCUCAGGUUCUUUUGGGAAGGUCUACAAAGGACGAUGUCGCAACAAAAUUGUGGCGAUUAAAAGGUAUCGUGCCAACACUUACUGCUCCAAGUCGGACACGGACAUGUUCUGCCGAGAGGUGUCCAUCCUGUGCCGGCUCAACCACCCAUGUGUGAUCCCGUUUGUGGGGGCCUGUCUGGACGACCCGAGCCAGUUUGCCAUAGUAACGCAAUUCGUGUCUGGAGGCUCGCUGUUCUCACUGCUGCACGAGCAGAAGAGGAUCAUCGACCUGCAGUCCAAGCUCAUCAUCGCCAUCGACGUGGCCAAAGGCAUGGAGUACCUGCACAAUCUGACUCAGCCCAUCAUUCACAGAGACCUCAACAGCCACAAUAUACUGCUCUACGAGGACGGCCACGCUGUGGUGGCUGAUUUCGGAGAGUCCCGGUUCCUGCUCUCCAUGGAUGAGGAUAACAUGACGAAACAGCCUGGGAAUCUGCGCUGGAUGGCACCUGAGGUCUUUACCCAGUGCACACGCUACACAGUGAAAGCAGACAUGUUCAGCUAUGCACUGUGUCUCUGGGAGCUGCUGACGGGGGAGGUUCCAUUCGCUCACCUCAAGCCUGCGGCUGCAGCUGCUGAUAUGGCCUACCAUCACAUUCGGCCUCCGAUUGGCUACUCCAUCCCCAAACCCCUCUCUGCGUUGCUGAUGCGAGGUUGGAAUUCCAGUCCAGAGGAAAGGCCUGAGUUCUCUGAGGUUGUGGCUAAGCUGGAGGAGUGUCUGUGUAAUGUGGAGCUGAUGUCUCCAGCCUCCAGUAACAGCAGUGGUUCUCUGUCCCCCUCGGCAUCGUCCGACUGCCUGCUGGGCCGCGGGAGUCCCGGCCGGAGCCACGUAGCAGCCCUGCGCUCGCGGUUCGAGCUGGAGUACGCCCUGAACACCCGGGCAUACGCAGCCUGGAGCCAGAGUUCUGGCCGGCGUUUCUCUCAGGGUCUGUCUCUGGAUGAGCUGAGGAGGAACAUGCAGUUCCCUCCGAUGGACAGAAACGGAUACGUAUCAGAUCCCAUGAGCACCAUGAGGUUCCACUGCAGCAGCAACGCCAGCUUUGAGGACAGCAGCUAACGGCACCCUGUG